UCUCUCUUCCUUUGGAAAAAUACAAUCAAAAAUAAAUAACAAGAAGACAGUCACAAAAAUCUAUAUCAAAAGACUCAUCAAUAAUAUUCAUCACAAAUUCGAAUCAUUUGUAGCACAUUCGACUAUAAAAAACCAGUUACACAAUGACGGACGCAGGUCUACCAGCAGGAUGGGAAGUUCGCACUUCAAAAUCUAAGAACAUUCCCUACUAUUUCAACGAAGCGCAAACGAUAUCAAGCUGGGAGCCUCCAGCAAACACUGAUACCGAAAAGCUGAAGGCAUAUAUGGCCGAGCAUUACAGCGCCUCGGAGAUUGGAGAUAAUGCCAAUGGCCAGGAAGAUCAAUCAGGAAAGAUCAGAGCCAGUCAUUUACUGGUGAAGCACAAGGGCAGCAGAAGGCCGAGCAGUUGGCGCGAGGCCGAAAUCACACGCACAAAGGAAGAGGCGAUGAGCAUUAUUCUUCAACAUGAAGCUCAUAUCCGUUCUGGAACAACAUCAUUGGGUGACCUUGCCGUUAGCGAAUCCGACUGCAGCUCUGCCCGUAAGAUGGGGGAUCUUGGUUUCUUUGGACGGGGAGAUAUGCAGAAAGAGUUUGAGGAAGCAGCUUUCGCUUUAAAGCCAGGUGAAGUUAGUCAUGUGGUUGAAACUGCUUCUGGCUUGCAUUUAAUUGAAAGACUUGCGUAAUAUGACUUCGAAAUUAUCGAGAGAGACGGAAAGAACGUUAAAACUCUAAAUGAUUCACAGGAGUUGUUGUUUAGCUAGGCAAACUGAGACCAAUCAGAAAUACCACUUGCGCUAGCAUUUCCCAUUUUCCAAUCUUGGAUCAACGAAUGAAAAUAUCGAAUAUUCUAUGGCGCCCUCAGCACUUCAAUCAAAAUUUGAUGACCAGUGGACCCAAACGCUUUCUGACAAUUCCACCAUCUAAUUCAGACAACCGCAACCAAACCGCUUUCAUGUUUCACAGUACAUUAAAUAUUUCACAUCAGGGUUCAUACUUAAUUAGGUAUAAAAAAUGCCAUUUCAAUGUGUUACUUGUUUCGAUUAGCGCUUGUAAUUCUUCGUCACUUGCCUUUCCAUGGUAUAAAUAGAUAGCUAUAGAUAUGGAACCAUAUACAUGUAAAAGGUCCGCAGCUAUAGAAAAGGGGGUAAUGCGCUUGAUUGCGUCAUUUUCAUAACCGAUGAUGUAUCUAGUUCUCCCUGUGCUGAAUCAUUCAUAGUAUUAAGGAUGCAAGUUUGGUUUAUUUUCUCACUUGCUGGAACAUGA